AUGGCAGAGUUUCAUUGUCGAUAUGAAAGUCAUUUGGGUUAAGCUAUUUUAGGAUUUUGUGUUAAUAUUGAUUGCCAAUAACAUCCUCAAUUUUGUUUGAAAUGUCUAAAAGAUCAAUAAAAUAAUCAUAGUUCUUAAUGUCUUGGUUUUGAUAUGAUAACAGAAAAUCUCUCAAAGUAUAUUCAAUAAGAAAAAUUAUUUUAUGAAUAAUUACAAGAAAUUGAUAAAACCUUCCAAAUGUUGUUGAGUUAAUCACUAAAGAAAAUUUAGAAAAAUCUCAAAAAAUUGUAAAAUUUGAAUGAAACAUUAUAAAAAAGAGAGUAUCUAAAAUUUAAAACUGAAAUAAACUUCUUUAGAGGGUAUUAUUCUAAGGUCGAGGAGACUGAAAAAAGUGUUAUUAUAUAAUUAAUUUAGGUGAAUUCUUAACAUCAUUAAAUUCUAUUGUCUUAACUCUUAAAACCACUACAAAGGGAUAUGUUAAAAUAGAAGAUUAGCAAAUUGCUUAGACAGGAGAUAAUCAUUCAUAAUAUUUGAGUAGAGCAAAAGGUAGAUUUGAUUAAGGUAUUAAAUAUUCACUUAUUGUAUUUUUAGGAGAAAAAUUAUUUAGAGAAAGAAAAUAUCAAGAAGCCUUAACAGCCUUUAAUGAUUCAUUAUUGAUGGGUUAUAAUCAUGAUUUUGUCUAUAACUGGAAAGGUAAUUCACAUAAUUAUCAACUUCAAAGCAAUUACAUUAAAUCAUCUAAAUAAAUAUGAUGAGGCCAUAAAAUGUUUUGACUUAGCCUUAUAAAUAAAUUCAACUUAUGAGAGUGCUUACAAUAAUAAAGGUAGCUAAUAUUACUCAUAAUCAUUUUACAGGAGCUUUAUUAAAUAAUUUAGGCAAAUAUGAAGAAGCUCUUUUAUAUAUAUAAACAGCAAUAGAUUUAAAUCCAAUUAAUUAUUUAGCAUAUUCUAAUAAAGGUAUUUUUUUUUAUAAAAAAAGGUUUUGCACUAUGUAAUUUACAAAGAUUCUAGGAAGCCCUUAUUGCAUAUGAGAUGGCAAUAGAAUUCAACAAUCA